AUGCCUACUCUUCACUUAAGCGACCUCAACGUGGUGUUGGCAGUUCUUGGUGCUUUCAUGACCCUUUAUGGUGUGAUCUCUGUCAAGCUCAAGCAACAAUGGUACCUUGGAGAAGCUCUACCUGCCAUGCUGGUUGGCAUCAUUCUUGGCCCAGUAUCAGCCAAGUUUCUAGACAGUGAGAGAUGGGGCUCGGCUGAACCAGGCCAGACUGCUGAUAUCGCGCUGGGGCUCAUGCGUGUGGUUAUUGGUGUACAACUCGUGAUAGCAGGCUAUCAGCUGCCUGCCAAGUACAACAUCAAUCGCUGGAAGGAGAUGUUGAUAUGCCUCCUCCCCGUCAUGACCAUGAUGUGGCUGUGCACCACCGCUUGCAUCAUGGCCACUAUUCCCAAGGUCAAGGUCCUCGGAGCCAUGGUUAUUGCCUCAUGUGUCACCUGCACCGACCCCGUUCUGUCACAGGCCGUCGCCAAGGGUCCCUUUGCCGACAAGUAUGUCCCUCGACACUUGCGAGAAAUCAUCUCGUCUGAAGCCGGUGCCAACGAUGGCUUCGGCUUUCCCUUCCUCAUGUUUGCGACAUAUCUCAUGAGACACGCCCAUGAGGGCCCCGCCGGAGAUAUCGAUGCCGCCAAGAUGCUGCACGCUCGCGCUGAAGACGUGGGUCGUCUCGGCGGCGGCGUCGGGGAAGCCAUGAAGAACUGGUUUCUAGAAACCUGGCUCUACUACGUCGUUCUGGGUAUGGCCUAUGGAGCAGUGGUGGGUUACAUCUCAUGCCGCAGCAUCAAAUUUGCUCUUCGAAGGAGCUGGAUUGAUGAGCAAUCUUACCUGCUCUUCCCUGUCGCCAUCGGCCUUUUCAUCAUCGGAACCUGUGGCGCCAUCGGCACAAACGACCUUGUCGCUUGCUUUGUCGCCGGAAACCUCCUCAACUGGGAUGGAAAUUUCCUUGCCGAGACUUAUCGACGACACGAUGAGGUCAACCACUGUUUGGAUGUUCUUUUGAAUUUUGGUGGAUUCAUGUUUAUUGGAACAGCCAUUCCCUGGGCCGAGUUCCACGACCCCGAUGGCACUGGUCUUACCAUUGGCCGACUGUUCGGUCUCGGCUUCAUGGUGCUCAUCUUCCGACGUAUCCCUGCUAUUAUUGCCUUGUACAAGUUGAUGCCCAAGGUCGUCCAGAACAUGAAGGAAGCUCUCUUUAUGGGCUACUUUGGACCCAUCGGUGUGGGAGCCGUGUUUUACCGUGAACACAUGCGUCAUGUCUUCCCUCACCCCGAAGAUGGCGACCAAGAAGAGAAUGACAUGCUCAAUGUCACCGGACCAGUCAUCUACUGGCUUGUCCUCUUCUCCAUCGUCGUCCACGGUCUAUCUAUCCCCGCCCUCAACUUCUUCUACCAGUGGCGUGGAGUCGAACCCAUCCAAGAUGACGCUGUCUCAAUUCGCCGCAAGUCAUUCACCAUGGCGACACCUAGCAACGCCAUCACAGCAGACGAAGAGAACUUUAUCGCCUUCAAUCGAUUCAGCCGACCCGACGUGGACGGUUCGAUGGUUAUUGGCGAGGUUCCACCUGCAGUUCAUGCACGAAACGAGUUUGCGGUGUUUUCCGGAACUCAUUCCUCCGAGGAGGAUACAGUUGAGAGAGAGAAGGAGGAGGCAGAGAGGAGACGGAAAGGAAGAACUAUUCAGUAUUUGGUAUAG